GCCUGCGGCCAGAUCAUGCGUUGAAGAAUCCAACGGCAGAUCUCCGAAAAGCAACAAUGGCGGACCGAAACAGUUUCCCUUGAAGGACUUGAUGCAGGUCAGCCAUUUUAAGCCCAGAAGCUUCAAUCUUUUUCGUCUUAUCUCCUUCCUCCCUCUUCGACGAUGAGAGCUGACUGAAGUUAAUGGAAUCCAUACCAUCGACGCCGCAGCUGCUCAAGGCGGUGACACUCACCCAUGUCCGGUACCAUCGGGGUGACUCCCUAGGCCACUUACUCGCAUGGGUUUCGCUGAUUCCUGUAUUCAUUAGCCUCGGCGGCUUCGUCACCCACUUCUUAUUCCGGCGAGAGUUACAGUGUCUCUGUUUCUCUCUCGGUCUCAUAUUCUCUCAGUUCCUCAACGAGCUCAUCAAGUCAUCAGUGCAGCAGUCGCGUCCCGAGACUUGCGUCGCCCUAGAGAUGUGCGAUUCACACGGCUGGCCAUCUAGUCACUCGCAGUACAUGUUCUUCUUCUCCACAUAUUUCUCCCUUUUAUGCCUCAGCGGUACCGGGGAAGGCGUUUCCUCCCGGCGAUCGAGAUUUCUAACAGCCCUGUUUCCGUGGCCUGCAGCCAUAUUGACUCUCUAUUCUAGGGUUUACUUGGGAUACCACACCAUUGCCCAGGUUCUCGCUGGGGCGAUCCUCGGACUCUUCCUCGGCGCGCUUUGGUACUGGAUAGUUAACAAUCUAUUGGUGGAUUACUUUCCAUCGAUCGAGGAGAGCGCGAUUGGGCGGUUUCUAUACAUCAAAGACACAUCUCACAUACCAAAUGUGCUCAAGUUUGAGUAUGAUAAUGCUAGGGCUGCUAGAAAGAAACUGGCCACCGAUUGAGAGGCUAUCCUUUGCCCCAACACUGCAGCUUGAAAUUGGGAUAUUUAUCUCCCACAAACAAUAAUUGUCACCUGGCUUCCGGCCUCAAGAUGAAGGUACAAUUUAUAGUCUCAUUGUACUAAAUAUUCCAAUUAAUAUCAUGGCCCACUUUAUAAAUUUCUUACAUCUAAACUUUGAAACUUUUGUGUAUUUAUAACAUUACCCUUUUUAGCUUUGAUGUGAUUUACAUUAUUUUACUUCAAGCUUUGUGUAUGUUGUA